AUGUCUCAAUCGAAUACCCCCUACCCCUUCACAUUCGCCAAUCCAACCCCAACCCAGUCGACAAAUGGAACAACGCAAACUCUACCCCUCACCAUCCCCAAUGUCCGCGGCACGGUCCCCUCCCUCCAAACAUCCCGUCUCCGGACAAUGAUGCUCGAAGCGCGUCGCGAUCCCACCAGGAUCCUGGCCUUCCCGUGUAGUUACGACGGGCUAUCCUCUCGUCUUAUCGAGGAGGCCGGGUUCCCAAUGCUGUUUUUAUCCGGUUUCGCAGUGUCCAGUUCAUACGGGCUGCCUGAUACGGGGUAUAUCGCUAUGGAAGAGAUGUGUUCGAAGGUGCAGGAGACGGUGAGGGUGACUAGUCUUCCUGUUAUGGUCGAUGGAGAUACGGGGUAUGGGAGUCCAAUGAAUGUUCGGCGGACGGUGGAGGCGUUUGCCGCGGCGGGGGCGGCGGGGGUGAUGAUUGAGGAUCAGACUUGGCCUAAGCGAUGCGGUCAUACGAAGGGAAAAUCAGUUGUUUCGCGCGGUGAAGCCUACGCUCGGAUCCAAGCUGCCUGCGACGCUCGGAAUGAAGGGCGGGACAUUUUCAUUCUUGCCAGAACUGAUGCCUUGAUACUUGGAUGGGAGGAAGCGAUGACGCGGGCGAAGGAGUUCAAGAAGCUAGGUGCCGAUGCGGUGUUUGUUGAAGCCUUGCCGGACAGGGAGUCGAUGCAGCGCUGCGUUCAAGAGUUGGAUAUGCCCAUGCUGGCUAAUAUUAUCGAAGGGGGCAAGACGGAGAAUCUCUCUGCGAAGGAGCUCGCUCAAUUGGGUUUCGCUGCCGUGGCUUAUCCGUGGACACUGGUCGCGGCUAGAUUGAAGAGUAUUCGGGAUGCGCUGGAAGGGCUGAAACAGAGCAUGGUUGAGGGUACGGCACCACCUAUGAUUCUGGGUUACCCGGAGGUGUGUGAGGGAGUUGGGUUUAAUCGAUACUGGGAUCAAGAGACACGCUAUGAAUAUGAUCACAAAGGGUUUAUUAAUCCUUAG